AGACGAGUAAGAGCAGUACCCUUGGCCUACCUUUGCAUUUCUAAAGAGCGAGCUUAGAUUGGACGUGAUUUCAAUUGAUUGAUUUCUAAAACAAAAUAAAAGAAGGAAGGGACGUGAUGUAUCCUUCCUCUGCAUGUGCACCACUUGUAUGCUUCAACGUCGUUCAACCACCUAAAAUAACACCACUUGGGUUGACUUAGUCUUCUUGCAAUACAACCAAACACCUUUCGCCCCUUUCAAUUAUUUUUCUUGGUUUCGUAAUAAACCAAAAUACAACAGAAACAGGAAGAAAUAGUUUCGUCUCUCUAAAACCGUCUGCUAAUCUCUCUUUGUAAGUCUCGUCUUUUUCUUUGCUUUGCUUUUCAGUUUUCCCUUCACACUUAUUAUGUAUUCCAUUUCAUUUCCCUCUACGGCCCUUAUCCUUCAUCGAGGUUAUAUGAUUCAUAGUUACGCUCAAGUUUAAAAUGAUCCUCCCUACCUGAACACUGAUUUGGCUUUUUCCUUUUUAUCUGCUAAAAUAUCACUUGUCAAAUACACAUGUUUUUGCUAUUUCCUGAUUUGGAAUUGGAUACAAGGGUUAAGACGUCUAAAUUCUGAGAAACUCAAGCGAUAAUAUGGGAUAUCUGAAUUCGGUUUUGCAAUCUUCAAGCCAGGUUCAUUCUGAAGAUCGUCCUGCCAGUGGCGGAGGCCUUAGUCAAAAUGGAAAGUUUAGCUAUGGCUAUGCAAGCUCCCCAGGGAAGAGGUCUUCAAUGGAAGAUUUUUAUGAAACAAGGAUAGAUGGUGUUGAUGGAGAGAUAGUUGGCCUUUUUGGAGUAUUUGACGGUCAUGGAGGUGUACGAGCUGCUGAAUAUGUGAAGCAAAACCUUUUCAGUAAUUUGAUCAAACAUCCAAAGUUCAUUUCUGACACCAAAUCUGCUAUAGCUGAUGCAUACAACCACACAGAUUCUGAAUUUUUAAAAUCAGAAAACAACCAGAAUAGGGAUGCUGGAUCGACCGCUUCUACAGCUAUUCUUUUUGGCAACCGUUUGCUAGUUGCAAAUGUUGGGGAUUCCCGAGCUGUUAUCUGCAGAGGAGGCAAUGCUAUUGCUGUGUCUCGUGAUCACAAGCCUGAUCAAAGUGAUGAGCGACAACGGAUUGAGAACGCAGGAGGAUUCGUCAUGUGGGCUGGAACUUGGAGAGUGGGAGGUGUUCUUGCUGUUUCUCGUGCAUUUGGUGACAGACACUUGAAGCAGUAUGUUGUUGCUGAUCCAGAAAUUCAGGAGGAAAAGAUUGACAACUCUCUUGAGUUCCUUAUACUUGCAAGUGAUGGACUAUGGGAUGUUGUUUCAAAUGAGGAGGCAGUGGCAAUGAUAAAGCCAAUACAGGAUCCAGAGCAGGCAGCAAAGCAGCUGAUGCAAGAGGCAUACCAGAGAGGUAGCGCAGAUAAUAUCACUUGCGUGGUGGUCCGAUUCUUGGUCAAUCAAGGGGGUUCCUCUCGCAAUGCUUCUGCGACUGCAUAAGCAAGCUAUCCCUUCCCACCAUGGUUUUAGGUUUUGGGUAUGUGGCUGAUGGGUAAAACUGAGGGUUAAUGAACUUCAAUACUAAUAGUAAUAGCUAGUGAAAGAGAAUGUAUAACAAACGUGCGCAGGCACUGAUGUAUAUUACAUCUGUUUCCGAAGCGAUGUGCCCGUGUAAAGGGGUUUCAGACGCCAACUCUACUUCUGUAUGUUGUAAAUGUAGUAGUACUUCUCUUGCUUUAGUUAGUCCACCUGUGAUGUUGCUUUCCACCAGCACUUUCUUUUCUUUUCUUAAAUCAUCCUUGGGAGCUGAAUUUUGAUAGCCAAUUCAUUUCAUCUCUAAAAUUAUAUAGUUUCUCCCAAAGCCAUUGAACUUUUGUAAAA